UCCGCCCACCCGCCACGUCAGAAGGCACGCCGGGCCGCGUGUGCACCAAACGAGCGCACCCUGGAAUCACACCGACGGACUUUCGGCGAAUGAGAUAAACAAAGAGCCGGCGGAGACUUUCCAGGGAAACAGACAACGCUCCUCAAGCUCCACGGAAACAUGGAAACGGAUGGAGCCAGAUGAGCGAUAUCAGCGAACUUUGAUCAGCCCGUAUCUCCCGAAAGGUCUGAGUCAGGAGAAGGUAUCCUCCUUCCUGAAGCGGCUGCGGGCCGAGCCACGCUACCUGUUGGCCCAGAAUGUGUCGACCUGCAUCGACCCGCUGGAGGUUUGUCUGCACCGGCAGACCGUCCAGGAUACUGUGCACAUCUUCCAGCACACGCUCCCCACAGAGGGCAAGCCCGUCACCAACCAGAAAAACUCAGGGAGAUGUUGGAUCUUCUCGUGCCUCAACGUCAUGCGCCUUCCCUUCAUGACGAAACAUAACAUCGAGGAGUUUGAGUUUAGUCAGUCCUAUCUUUUUUUCUGGGACAAGGUCGAGCGUUGCUACUACUUCCUGCAGGCCUGUGUGGAGACGGCGCUGAGGAAGGAGCCGGUGGACGGACGCCUGGUCCAGUUCCUGCUCUCCAAUCCAACCAAUGACGGGGGACAGUGGGACAUGCUGGUCAACCUCAUUGAAAAGUACGGCGUGAUUCCAAAGAAGUGCUUUCCGGAGUCCCACAGCUCGGAGGCCUCCCGCCGAAUGAACGACAUCCUGAAUCACAAGCUGAGAGAAUACUGCCUGAGACUGAGGAACAUGGUGGCCAGUGAUGCGACUAAAGAUGAGCUGUCUGACGCGAUGGACACCAUGAUCGAGGAGGUGUUCCGGGUGGUCAGCGUUUGCCUCGGCAGUCCUCCGGAGACCAUCUGCUGGGAGUACCGGGACAAGGAGAAGGCCUUCCAUCGCAUGGGACCCCUCACCCCACAGGAGUUCUACCUGGAGCACGUCAAACCUCUGUACGACAUUCACGACAAAAUCUGCCUGGUGAACGACCCCCGACCCCAGAACCCUUACGCCAAGCUGUACAGCGUCGAGUUCCUCGGGAACAUGGUCGGCGGGCGCCCCACGCAGUACAACAACCAGGCCAUCCAGCUGCUUAAAAAGGCCGCGGCCGAUUCCAUCAAGGACGGAGAGGCGGUGUGGUUCGGUUGCGACGUCGGGAAACACUUCCACGGCAAGCUGGGCAUUAACGACAUGAACGUGUUCAACCAUGAGCUUGUGUUUGGCAUUUCAGUGAAGAACCUCUCUAAAGCAGAGCGACUGAUAUUCGGAGACUCUCUCAUGACCCACGCGAUGAUCCUCACUGCUGUCACGGACAAGACUCCGGAUGAGAAGGAAGGAUUUGAGAAGUGGAGGGUGGAGAACUCCUGGGGGGACGACCGUGGGAACAAAGGUUACCUGAUCAUGACGGACGACUGGUUCUCCGAAUAUGUGUACGAGGUGGUGGUAGACAAGAAGUACCUCACGGAGGAUGUCCUGGCAGUGAUGAAAGAGGAGCCCGUUGUACUUCCUGCCUGGGACCCCAUGGGAGCCCUGGCAUAACUACAGGAAUCCAGGUUUUAGCCCCCAACCUCUGGUCUAUUUGACUCCGCCCUAUUCAUUGGCUGCUUUUACCACUCCAGUACUUCCCUCCCCCCCCCCCCUCCCGCACCUCCUUCCAAAACAGCCUGAUCUUAUAGACAAUGUAAUAAAUGAUUUUGUUUUCUUUUUUA